ACUAUCCACACACUACAAAGUAUGGCUUCGAUUUUACCUGCUUCCAAUAAACCCAUGAGAUCUGACCAGAAUACAUAUGUUGGAAAAGGUUUUGUUCAUGUUGAAAAUCCUUACCUGGAUUCUAUGGAUGAAGACAUUCUCUAUCACUUGGAUUUAGGAACAAAAACACACAACCUAGCAGCAGUGUUUGAGGAUGUAAAGUUUGUCUGCGUUGGUGGGAGCCCCAACAGGAUGAAAGCAUUUGCACUGUUUGUGCAUAAGGAGCUCAGGUUGCAGGACAGCGGGGAGGACAUAAAGGACAUCUGUGCCAGGACGGACAGAUACUGUAUGUACAAAAUCGGUCCCGUGCUCUCCAUCAGCCAUGGCAUGGGGAUCCCCUCCAUUUCGAUCAUGCUGCAUGAACUCAUCAAAUUACUGCACCAUGCCCAGCGCUGUGAUGUCACCAUGAUCAGAAUGGGUACAUCAGGGGGAACGGGGGUCGCACCGGGGUCUGUUGUAAUAAUAGACACAGCUGUGGACUCCUUCUUCAAGCCCAGAUUUGAACAGGUUGUCUUGGACAACGUUGUCACCUGAAGUACUGAACUUGACAAGGAACUGGUGGAGGAACUAUUCAACUGCAGCAGAGAAAUUCCCAACUUCCCAACCCUCAUUGGACAUACGAUGUGUACCUAUGAUUUUUAUGAAGGCCAGGGUCGACUAGAUGGAACCCUUUGCAGCUCCAGAGAGAAAAAGGUAGACCAUUUGAAGAGAGCACAUAUAGCUGCUGUCAGGAAUAUCGAGAUGGAAUCUACAGUGUUGGCGGCCAUGUGUAGACUCUGUGGUCUGAACGCUGCUGCGGUCUGUGUGACACUCCUGGACAGACUUGAAUGUGACCAGAUCAACUUGCCCCAUGAUAUCCUGGUGGAGUACCAGCCCCAGCCCCAGCUCCUAAUCUCCAACUUCAUCAAAUAGCGGCUUGGACUGCAUGAGCAGCCAUCAUAA